AUGGGAUGCGCCAUCAUCAUCUCGGAGCCCAGCGUGCUGCAGGACCUGGCGAGCAUGCUCAGGGACGGGGACGACGCGGACGUGACGUUCGUCGUAGGCGGGCGGUCGUUCCCGGCACACCGGUGCGUGCUCGCCGCGAGGUCCGCGGUGUUCAGGGCGGAGCUCUUCGGCCCCAUGAAGGAGAAGGCUGCAACACGCGUCAAGGUCGACAACAUGGAGCCUUCCAUCUUCGAGGCGCAGCUUUGCUUCGUGUACACGGACACUCUGCCGGACGGUGACGGUGGCGUUGCCACGGAUGACAACAAGGACAGGAAUGUGCCGAUGUAG